AUGCCUUGGCGAUCCGGUCCACCCACCUGGUCGGCUUUCACUCCCCGGGGUGUCGCUUCCCUGCCCAGCACGAUAUGGGGGGGUGGACAUCUCUCACAACGAUUGGGUCAUACUAUACCGUUUUCGUCCAACCGCCACACCUCCCGCCGGCCCGCGGGCCCGUCCCCGGAUAAACCCUGGAACCCCCUCCCCACCAUUUCCCAUGCUCCGAGUGGUCGCACGGUUCUCCAGCUGAGCCGAGCCCCAGGUCACUGGCUGGGGCCCGCCCCUCUCGGCCUAUCGCUCCGGGGCCAAUCAUUGUCAAUUACCGUCGUGGAACGUCCCCCACACCCCCCCCUGCCAAACGCGUCGCUUCGUUUUGGGGGUUUCCUCUCGGCGAUUUUCACUCCCCUAAGCGAGGCGCCUAUGGGGCAAAUGGCCCAUGGGGAUUGA